GGCCGCACUAAAAUUUUUGAACGCUGGCAGCAUUGACAUGCGCCAUUUUCUUCUUUCUCCCUUUUGACAAACGUUGACAAACGAUGUGAAAAAUUUCACAAAUGGUGCGAAGCGUGAUUUGGUGGUGAUUUAAAAGCGAAAUUUGCUUGAAAAAAUCACAUAGAUUUGCACUAAAAUAGUUGCAAUCUGUAGAAUAAGUGUUGAGCUUCAAAUUGCAGUAUUUUCGUCAGUGUGGAAAAAACCAUAAAUCGUCGAAAGAUUGGCAAAAAAAUUGGAGCACUUUAAUUUGUCUGUCGUGUGAGACGAUUGAAAACCGAGACAAAGCAACGACAGCAUUUCGCCAGACACCAUCAAAAAUUAUUUUGUUGGCUGAAUUCAAAGUGAAUCAUAUUUCCCAACAUCCAACAUGUCUGGCAGUGAGGAUGGACAAUUGCAAAGUCCUGGCUACGAUAAUUAUGCAUUAAGGCCAAAAAGUGUGUACAUGUCCAAAGAACGAUGCGCGCGAUGGCCACCAUCAAAUCACAUUAAAUCUAUAAAAGCUAUAAAAUAUAAAACAAAAAUUACAAAUAAUUCUUAAAAAAUGUCAUGAAAAUGUAAACAUGAACUCGUAAAUUCCUCGUAAUGUUGAUGCAAAAAUAAUAUAAAUGGUAUGAAGAAUAAUAGUCGAUACAAGUGUGAAAUCUUUGCGUAGCAGUCUGACAUAUACCCCACACAUCACGUCGCAUUUCGUCUAAACAGCGAUGGUGCACGCGCAUGAUCGUCAGCACCGUAACAAGACGCUAUACAAGAUUCUAAGUGGCUUUGUAAGGGAGAGAGUCCAGCCUAAUGUAUUCCUGUUACCCUGUAAAAUCGGAAGUGUGGUGUAAACCCUAGCCUAUUAUCAACAAUAUAAUAAUGGCUGUUUGACCAGCUGAUCAACUUCUUGUCAUACAUUCCUGCACAGUUAAUGCAAGGCAACCACAAAUUAAGUGGCAUGAGCGAUUUUCCUCACUAGCCAUGAUGACGUCUACGCAGGUGGGUGCGACAGAAA